AGAGUAUCAAACUCGCAUUUCUGAAGCAAAACAGAUCAGUUUUGUGACAACUAUAGAAAUAAAAGUUUUCACAUCGGCAAUCAUUGCAAAGAUUGUUUGUUUUCUGCGGCUUUCUGGGCAACACAAGCUCUACACAUAGCCGAGCUUCAAAAGUCGAAAGUCCGGUUGCGCAAAAGCUCUGCCUUGCCAAGCUGAAGACAGACUACUACCCUCCUACUCUUUCCGCCCUGCAACAACAAGCUAUCGCAAAACCUGCUACACCUUCAUUCUUCCUCGGAUCCUCCCAAACUUUUCUUCUCGCACUUCGCAUAACCUAUCGCAACACUCUUACGGUUGUUGCUCUCUUCAAAAUGCUUGCAGUUCGCUCAUUUGCCGCUCCUGCGCGGCGGCAGGCUUUCCAAGCGGCUCCCCGCGUCUGGUCGACAACUUUUGUCGCAGUAAGGCUGUCCCUCCACAACCCUGUGCUGGGCUUGUUAUAAAUAGACUAACCUUUCAUCCAUUCAGUUCCGCCGCACAUAUUCUACAAAAAAAGACGAAGUCGCAAAGUUCCACGGUAAAAAGGGCUCCGAUGUAAGAAACUCCGAUAACGAUUCCUGCUUCGAUACAGCUCUACGGUCGAAGAGAAGACCCAAUUGAGGUCGAGGAUGUAUAAAAGAUGUUCGGGGAGACUGACAAUUUAAAAGGGACUGUAUACAGUUAGUUUGAUUGAGGGUGAUGGUAUUGGACCAGAAAUCUCUCAAUCCGUCAAGGAUAUUUUUGCCGCGGCUAAGGUAAGUUGGAUCAAUCACACAAAAACAAAUUCUCCUGCUCACGAGAUUACAGGCGCCAGUAAAAUGGGAGCCAGUUGAUGUUACACCAAUGCUUAAAGAUGGCAAGACCACCAUUGCUGAUGCGACAAUCGAAAGUAUCAACAGAAAUAAGGUUGCCCUCAAGGGCCCCCUUGCAGUAAGUAGUUUAUUGCUCGUGGCGAGCACGUUUUCCAAUUGCUAACCGGGUUUAGACCCCAAUUGGAAAGGGUCACGUCUCGCUCAACUUGACUCUCCGACGAACCUUCAACCUUUUCGCAAACGUUAGACCAUGUCGUUCAAUUGCCGGAUACAAGACUCCAUAUGAUAACGUGGAUACCGUCUUGAUCAGAGAGAAUACCGAGGGAGAGUACUCCGGUAUCGAGCACGUUGUGGUUGAUGGUGUUGUGCAGAGCAUUAAGUUGAUCACUAGAGAGGCAAGCGAGAGAGUGCUACGAUUCGCUUUCCAAUACGCCGAGAACAUUGGACGACUAAAGGUCCGGGCAGUUCAUAAGGCAACCAUCAUGAAGAUGAGUGAUGGUUUGUUCUUGGGAACCGCAAAGCGUGUCGCCAAGGACUACCCAGGUGUCGAGUUUGAUGCAGAGCUUUUGGACAACACCUGCUUGAAGAUUGUUACUGACCCAACACCAUACAACGACAAAGUUCUUGUUAUGCCCAACCUUUACGGUGACAUUCUAUCUGAUAUGUGCGCUGGUUUGAUUGGUGGUCUUGGACUUACACCAUCCGGUAACAUCGGAGACGAGUGUUCCAUUUUCGAAGCUGUUCACGGAUCAGCACCAGAUAUCGCUGGCAAGGCCCUUGCCAACCCUACCGCACUUCUUCUCAGUUCGAUCAUGAUGUUGAGACAUAUGGAGUUAUACGACCACGCACAGAGAAUAGAGAAGGCUAUCUUUGAUACUCUUGCUGAGGGAAAGACGUUGACCGGUGACUUGGGAGGAAAGUCAAAGACCCACGAAUACGCGGCAGCCAUCAUCAGUCGUUUGUAGAUAUUUAUACCCUUAAUUCGGGGCUGUAGACUGUAUCAUUGAAUGAAUUGCAUAUCAAAUAGAAACCCAGCAUUUUGAAUCGUACAUUUUCGCCAUCGUGAAUGACAGGGUUGCGAUAGCCUGGAAAAACGAGGUUUGAAGAAUUUCUUCGGACAUGGGGUUUUUUUUCAAUACUGUAGAUAACAGGAUAGCUUCGUUCCUUCCUCAUCGAGAUGAAAAGGACCGGCUAUUGAGAACUUUUGUUUGGGCGGGAGCUGGGUGACACUGCCAUAUUGGCUGAGCAGGAACCAAUCCACGUGUGUUGCAACCACCAUCCCUUCAAAGCGAAACGUGCAACCAUCCAGGUCACAAACGACCACCUAAGAACGCCUCGUGCUCCCCUCUUUCGUCUGGCUGCAUUCAAAUCGCCUCCCGAAGUCCCACUCAUGCGGAUGUCACCGUUACCAUGUCGGGGUUCGAAGCUACAACGAUGAGGGACCGGGGACAGCAUAUCAAGUAUGCUCGACUUUCCACGUCGUCAGCUCCGCCGGAGACGCUGCCUACCUUUGAUGUUCAUGAGGCGACCCAGCGCAUCUUGGAUCAUCAUCUGGAGAGCUUCAAGAGCAGUAAGAAAAGGCAACUGAUCAUGACGAGCUCAAUUUUUGUUGGUGUUUUGGUGUUUCUUUAUUGGGUUCUGGGGUGAGUGUUUCGAUGCUGUUUUCGCGCGGAGGUUGCCUUUGCCUCGGAACAAAUUAAUGGCGUUCCCCCUUUCGCCUUCGCCUGAGCAUCGCUAAUUCAUCCCAGGAAAAACGGAUAUUCACUUCAAGGGUGUGAUUCUGUUGAGGUUGGCUACCAAUGUCAACCUGAAAUCUCUCAUUACUGGGGACAAUAUUCUCCGUACUUUGCAGUAUCAUCUGGGAUUUCUACGGAUAUCCCAGAUACUUGUCAAGUGACCUUUGCACAAGUGCUCUCACGUCACGGUGCUCGGGACCCAACUUCUGGAAAGACAAAAGUAUACAAUGAAACUGUCAACCAAAUUCAUGCCAAAGCCAAAUCUUACGGAGUAGGCUAUGAAUUUCUCAAAAGCUAUGAAUACACACUCGGCGCAGACCAAUUGACCCAAUUUGGUCAACAACAAUUGAUCAACUCUGGAAAGAACUUCUACAGCCGCUACCAUACUCUCGCUCUCAACACCAUUCCGUUCAUUCGAGCAUCAGGUCAAGACCGAGUUGUGGAAUCCGCUCAGAACUGGACCCAAGGAUUCCACGAACUCCGUCUAGAAGAUAACCCCGCCAAGGUCUACUGGCCAUACGACAUUCUUCAGAUCAGCGAAGAUGCUGACUCAAACAACACCCUUAACCACUGUCUCUGCCGCGCAUUCGAGAACCCCGCAAUCGACAUCAAAGGCCUCGCCAUGAAAACCUGGGCCGACAUCUUCACUUCCCCCAUCACCGCUCGACUGAAUGAUAAUCUCCCAGGUGUAAAUUUCACUAGCGAAACCACAGUUUACAUGAUGGAUCUAUGUCCCUUCAACACCAUCGCCUCACCUACAGGCGAGAUCCACGCUUUCUGCUCGCUCUUCACGGAAAGUGAGUGGAACCAGUACGAUUACCUCCAAUCACUAGGAAAGUACUAUGGCUACACAUGGGGAAACCCCCUCGGCGCAACACAAGGCGUAGGAUUUACCAACGAGCUCGUCGCUCGACUGACCAACACACCCGUCAACGACCACACAUCCACAAACACCACCCUCGACUCCUCAAGGAAAACCUUCCCACUGGGUGGCAGCACGAGCUUGUACGCAGAUUUCAGUCACGACAACGACAUGACCGCCAUCUUCGGUGCACUGGGGUUAUACAACGCCACGAGACCGCUCUUAAACACGACAAUCGAGGAUGUGAGGGAGACGAAUGGGUUCUCCGCAUCCUGGACCGUGCCGUUUGCGGCGAGAGCUUACUUUGAGAAGAUGACGUGCGUGGGAGCUGAUGAGGAGUACGUGCGUGUACUUGUGAAUGAUCGAGUCUUGCCAUUGGAGACGUGUGGAGGAGAUACCCUUGGACGAUGCAAGCUGAGUUCCUUUAUUGAUAGUCUCAGUUUCGCGAGAGCAGGUGGGAAUUGGGAUAAGUGCUUCGUUUAGAAAAUUAGAACUAUGCCCCCUUAAAAUACACAGAUAAUAAACCAUCCGUUUGAUUGAACAAAACUCCAAGUCCCCUAACAUUUCUGUGGGUGUUCUUUUCCCUUCUGCUUUCUCUUGUCUCUUUUUUCGUUUUGGAUUUUUUUCUCUGAACUAGCCAGGUAAAUGGUAGUAGUCCCUUUCAUUAAAAACCGAACUCCGUUCUUCCAGUCUUUCGAAUCAAUUCGUAAACGCCCCUGACAAAUAGUCGCCUGUCCUUGAUUGAAACAGUCCCAUUUCGUGACCAAAUAUACAAAAUCCCCCCAUACUCUCCC